GCGCCCGGAGGAGCCGGGGGCCCGCGCCCCGCGCCCCCCAGACAUGGUGGGCCAGCUGCAUCUGCAGGGCAUGGAGGAGAGCCUCAAGGAGAGGAGCCGGGAGGGCUUGCUGGACAGCCCCGACUCCGGGCUGCCCCCCAGCCCCAGCCCCAGCCCGCCCUUCUACUCCCUGGCGCCCGGCAUCCUCGACGCCCGCGCGGGGGGCGCCGGCGCCGCCUCGGAGCCCGCGGGACCCGGCGGCGAGGCCAGAGCGACCCCGGCCCUCCCCCCAAAUUCCCCAGCGCUCGAGAUGAGGCCCCGGAUGCUGCCUGUGUUCUUCGGGGAGAGCAUCGAGGUGCACCCGGAGCCCACACAUGAGAUCCGGUGCAACUCUGAGGUCAAGUACGCCUCCGAGAAGCACUUCCGGGACAAUGUCUUCUAUGCGCCAGUGCCCACGGUCACGGCCUACAGCGAGACCAUCGUGGCGGCGCCCAACUGCACGUGGCGCAACUACCGCAGCCAGCUGACCCUGGAGCCGCGGCCCCGCGCCCUGCGCUUCCGCUGCACCACCAUCAUCUUCCCCAAGCAUGCCAGCAGCACCUUCCGGACCACCCUGCGCUGCAGCCUGGGCCGGCCCAGAUGCUGGUUCACCUCCAGCGUGCAGCUCCAGCUGUACCAAUACCCCCGCCUCCUGGGGCCCGCGGCGCUCUGACCGGGUGGGGCUGCCCACCCCCAGCCCCGGCAGUGACCUUGGACUGGGGGGCCCAAGGACGGACCCCGUGGCUCAGCCUGGAGCUGGGGCAGGAGGGAGGUUGGGGGGGCCCGUUCCGGUGUGGAGGACCCCGUAAACACGUUUUGUGAACAGUGAGCGGGUGAGGCGGCAUGGGCAUGAAUCCAUGAAGGCUUGCGGGGGGCUUGCAGCAGGUGGGGGCCCACCCGAGGGUCCUGGGGAGAAGGCGUGGGUCCGUGGCGGGCCCUUAGAGCGGAGAACAGCUUUGGUUGCGGGGGCUGGUGCAGCUCCUCGAGACCCCGGCCACCCGUCUGUCCAGGGCUGGUGGGCUGGCUCCCGGGCCGUGUGCGAGGGAAGAGGGGUGCCCUCCAGACACCCCCACUCCUGGGAAGAGGAAAGUGGGCCUUCCCCUGGGCGCGCAGCUCCGCUAGAGGCCCGGGCUGAGCGCCCUCUGAUGGCGGCUGAGCCGGGAGGUGGGGCAGAGGCCAGCGGCUCAAGCCAGGGUCAGAGCUGGUAGAGACCUUGCCUGAGCCACUGGCCAUGUGCUGGGGUGGAUUUAGGGUGCAGCCCGCCUAAAUUGAGGCCUUUGAGCUCUGUGUCGGGAGCCUGGCCCCCAGGGCUAACCUCUGUCCACGCAGCCUCUCCAGAAUCCGGACUCUAGCGCCAGCGCCUUGGUGCCUGGUGCCAGGGGGAGGCGUCGAAGCUCUCAGAAUGUCCGCCGUCACCUGCGUGCGGCUCGGGGCCCAGCUGCUUAAAGAGACGCCAUCGGGGUGGCUGCCCUGGGUCAGCCGCCCGGCUCCCCAUGUCGUGAUCGCCCGCGUGCCGUCCCCCGUGCCGUCCGGGUGGUGCCAGGGCACGCGGGGGAGUAGGGGCCACGGUCGGGUGCUGCCCUGGACAGGCACCCCGAGACUCCCAGUGUGGCCUUAGAGGGGCCCUCUGACCUGAAUGGACCCAGUGGGCAACGGGGCUGCCCUCCCACCCCCUUGCUCACCCCCAGGACCGGGGCAGAAAGGCUCUCCCACACGGUGGGGGUGGGGGUGAGAGAAAGACCCGGAGCCUACGUCCAAGAGAGGCAAAGCGCCUGGUCUAUUUUCAUGUAUCUACACACGGUGCCUGUUCUCUCCGCAGAGUCUGAUGAACACAAAUAACUUAAGAACUUGAUGAUCUUAAUAAAAUGUGCAAACCCAA